GCGGUGCACCUGCUUUAUGUGUUAUCUGGGUCAUCGGCCGCUGAAAUGCUUUGUUUUUGCCGGUGUCAUCAAUAGCCACGCGAAAAGGUUUAAACGACCUAUUCGGUGGUUCCCGAGAGGCCUCGACUCUGUGAUUUAGGUGGAGGAUGUGUUGAUUUUUUUUCUUCUUUCGGGGUGCAGCAGUGAGACAGCAUCUUUGCCGGGUGACACAUCAUUAUCAGUACGAGUGGACAAGCCCCGUAGGACACCAUGUCGGACAAAAGUGACCUAAAAGCGGAGCUGGAGCGCAAGAAGCAGCGCCUCGCCCAAAUCAGGCAGGAAAAAAAGAUAAAGGAGGAGGAGAGGAAGAAGAAAGAGGUAAGGAAGAAAUCAGAGAGCCAGCAGAAGAAAGAGGCCACUGCAGAGGAUUCGGAUUUGGACCGUAAGCGUAGAGAGACUGAGGCCCUGCUACAGAGCAUUGGCAUCUCACCGGAGCCUCCACUAGUCCCGACCCCUGUGUCCCCCUCCAAAUCAGUGAGCACGCCCAGUGAGACGGGGAGCCAGGAUUCAGCUGAUGGAGGAGCGGCAGGCAGGUCAGGUUUCUCUAAAAACAAGUCCCAAGCACAGAGCUCAAGGACGCUGCAGUGGGACACAGACCCCUCUGUGCUGCAGCUGCAGGCUGACUCUGAGCUCGGGCGCAGGAUGCAGAGGCUGGGGGCCUCUAAGAUCACACAGGUAGACUUCCUUCCCAAAGAGGUGGUCUCUUACUGCAAGGAAACACAGACGCCACUCAAUGCCCACCUGUCUGAAGUAGAGGAGGAAGAGGAAGAUGAGGAGAUGAUGGAGGCAAAGCCAGGUCCUGAGUCGGAGCAGCAGGAUGAAGAUGACAACAGGGAAACCAAAGACGGCUCAUUUCCAGUUCUGCGGGAGCUGACUGAGGAGGAGAGGCAGCAGAUCCUGCACUCCUCUGAGUUUCAGAGUUUCUUCGACUGCAGCAUCCGGGUGAUGGAGAGAGCUCUGGCUGAAGACAGCAACAUCUUCUUCGACUACAGUGGCCGAGACCUGGAGGACAAAGAGGGAGACUUAGGCAGCGGCUCCAGUCUGUCCUUCAGUAGACUCUUCUACGAUGAACACUGGUCUAAACAUCGUGUGAUCACCUGCCUUGACUGGUCCCCUCAGUAUCCUGAGUUGCUGGUUGCCUCCUAUAACAAUAAUGAAGAUGCUCCUCAUGAACCAGAUGGUGUUGCUCUAGUAUGGAACAUCAAAUUUAAGAAGGCCACACCAGAGUACAUCUUUCACUGUCAGUCUCCUGUAGUAUCUGUGGGCUUCGCCAGGUUUCAUCCCAACCUGGUGGUGGGGGGGACUUACUCAGGACAGAUCGUCCUGUGGGACAAUCGCAGUCACCGUCGGACCCCUGUCCAGAGGACUCCUCUGUCCGCUGCUGCACACACUCACCCAGUGUACUGCGUGAACGUGGUCGGCACCCAGAAUGCCAACAACCUGAUCACUGUGUCUACAGAUGGCAGGAUGUGCUCCUGGAGUCUGGACAUGCUUUCUCAGCCGCAGGAGACCAUGGAACUGGUGUACAAUAAAUCCAAACCUGUGGCGGUGACAGGCAUGGCUUUUCCCACAGGAGACGUUAAUAAUUAUGUGGUCGGGAGUGAGGAGGGCACUGUGUACACUGCAUCCAGACAUGGCAGCAAAGCGGGUAUCUGCGAGAUGUUCGAGGGCCACCAGGGGCCAGUGACGGGCAUCAGCUGUCACAGCGCAGUGGGCACCGUCGACUUUUCCCACCUCUUCAUCACAUCCUCCUUUGACUGGACCGUCAAACUCUGGAGCACCAAGCACAACAAGCCUCUGUACUCAUUUGAGGACAACGCAGACUAUGUGUAUGACGUCAUGUGGUCACCCGUACACCCUGCGAUUUUCGCCGCCGUGGAUGGCAUGGGCCGCUUAGACCUGUGGAACCUCAACAACGACACUGAGGUGCCAACUGCCAGUGUGACUAUUGAGGGUGCUUCAGCCCUCAAUAGGGUCCGCUGGUCGUCGGGGGGGAAGGAGGUGGCUGUGGGCGACUCAGAAGGCAGAGUCUGGAUCUACGAUACUGGAGAGCUGUCAGUGGCCCACACUGAUGACUGGGCACGCUUUGCUCGUACCCUGAUGGAGAUUCGUGCUAACCGAGCGGAUGGCGAGGAGGAGGGGCCUAUGGAGCUGGCUUCAUAGAACAGGACUCCAAACCAAAGCAGAGGGAAUUAGAGACCAGAGGGGUGUAAUGCGAAGCAAGAUCUAUGAGUUCACAAGGUAUGCUCAGCCAAAAGCUAGAGUUUUCAGUGUCAUAUGCAAACUCUUUGAGCUCUAUGUUAGUAAUGCCACAGAGCAGUUACAGUAGCGCAAACUGCAUGCAUCACAUUGUGUUUGUUUUUGCCACAGAAACCUUCAAGAAUACUGUAUGCAACAUAUAGAGAUGGUUCUUGCUCUAAUUGAACUAAUAAAUACCGGAAAACUUCAAUUAAUAGCCUGGGCUUUCCAUUGCUUGAAUCACUGUCCUCAACAGGCUUAAAUUUGGGACAGUUGUCUAUUUUUUUCUUUUCACACAAAACUGUUGCUCAGCAAAGACGGGAAACAAUAUCAAAUUAUUUAUGUAACCAUUUGAAAC